AUGAAGUGGAUGAAAGGCGCCAAAGAAGGAAUUGUUGUGGCUGGUGGUCGAGAUGAAGGCAAUGCUUUCAACCAAUUGUCCAGUCCAAAGGGAGUGUUCACUGACCCGAUGGGCAGAAUCUACGUCGCAGAUGGAGGAAAUCAUCGAGUAAUGCGUUGGUACAAUGGAGCAACACAGGGAACUAUGAUUAUUGGUGGGAAGCGUCGGGGACAACAAGAAGACCGACUAGCUGAUCCUGAAGGUUUGUCAUUCGAUCGAUACGGCAAUAUGUAUGUGGUCGACUGGGGAAAUCAUCGAGUUCAACGAUAUUCAAUUGAAAAAUAA